GUUCCCAGGCCCAGCUGACAGACAGCAGCCCCCCCUCCGCCUACGCGUCUCGCAUCCAAUUUCCUCGCAACAGCAGCAGCAGCGCAGCAGCAGUCCCACCCUUCUCCCAACCCCGACUCGAACUCCCCGAGAUCUCCCCGACCGCGGCCUCGAGAUCCCCGUGCCCAUGUCGUCGUCGGCGGCCAUGGAGGCCAUAGACGAGCUCGUGCAGCUCUCCGAGUCCAUGCGCCAGGCCGCCUCGCUCCUCGCCGACGACGACCCCUCCGACGACGCCGCCCCGCGCCGCCCUUCCACCUUCCUCAACGCCGUCGCGCUCGGCAACGUCGGGUCCGGCAAGUCGGCCGUGCUCAACAGCCUCAUCGGCCACCCCGUCCUGCCGACGGGGGAGAACGGGGCGACGCGGGCGCCCAUAGUCGUCGACCUGCAGAGGGAUCCGGGGCUCAGCACCAAGUCCAUCGUCAUCCAGAUCGACAGCAAGUCGCAGCAGGUGUCUGCAAGUGCGCUCCGGCACUCGCUGCAGGAUCGGCUUGGCAAGGCCGUGUCCUCCGGGAGAAGCCGGACGGAUGAGAUUUACCUCAAGCUGCGGACAAGCACAGCUCCUCCACUAAAAUUGAUUGAUUUGCCUGGCAUAGACCAACGAGUUAUUGAUGAUUCAACGAUUAAUGAGUUUGCUGGGCACAAUGAUGCAAUAUUGAUUGUUGUGAUACCAGCAAUGCAAGCCGCUGAAGUUGCAUCAUCUCGAGCUCUUAGACUAGCAAAGGAUAUAGAUCCAGAUGGAACCAGAACAAUAGGCGUCUUAAGUAAAAUCGAUCAAGCAGCAGCAGAUGCAAAAACAGUUGCAUGUGUUCAGGCAAUUUUGUCCAACAAGGGCCCACGAGCAGCAACUGAAAUUGAAUGGGUUGCUUUAAUAGGGCAAUCUGUCGCACUUGCAUCAGCUCAAUCUGGGUCAGUUGGGUCUGAGAAUUCACUGGAAACAGCUUGGCGUGCUGAGGCGGAAACCCUUAAAUCCAUACUAACCGGUGCUCCUCAGAGUAAGCUGGGUAGAAUUGCUCUUGUGGAUACUAUUGCUAAGCAGAUACGCAAUCGGAUGAAAGUGCGGUUACCUAGCCUGUUAUCUGGGCUUCAGGGCAAGUCUCAGAUAGUGAAAGACGAACUUGCAAGGCUGGGAGAACAGAAGGUAGAAAGCACGGAAGGAACCAGGGCUGUCGCCUUGGAGCUGUGCCGAGAAUUUGAAGAUAAGUUUCUCGCCCAUGUUACUUCUGGCGAGGGAUCUGGUUGGAAAAUUGUUGCAAGUUUUGAGGGCAAGUUUCCGGAUAGGAUCAAACAGCUUCCAUUGGACAGACAUUUUGAUCUGAGCAAUGUCAAACGGGUUGUCUUGGAAGCUGAUGGUUAUCAACCAUAUUUGAUUUCUCCAGAGAAAGGUUUAAAAUCAUUGAUUAAAGGAGUACUGGAAAUGGCAAAGGAGCCAUCACGACUAUGUGUUGAAGAGGUACACCGUGUAUUGUUAGACAUAGUAAAUGCUACAGCAAAUGGCACGCCAGGGCUUGGGAGAUAUCCUCCAUUCAAACGAGAGGUCAUUACAAUUGCAUCUAACGCAUUGGAUACUUUCAAAAAUGACGCGAAAAAGAUGGUCGUUGCGCUUGUUGAUAUGGAGCGUGCCUUUGUCCCCCCACAACACUUCAUCCGCCUAGUACAAAGAAGAAUGGAGAGGCAGCGUCGUGAGGAUGAGGUAAAAACUAGAUCAUCCAAAAAAGCGCAGGAUGCUGAGCAAUCCAUGAUGAACAAGGGUUCAAGCGCACAAACAGGAUCUGAAGCUGGUGGUAGCCUGAAAUCAUCAAAAGACAAAUCCAGUCAGCAAGAUAAAGAUUCAAAAGAGGGAUCUAAUUUGCAGGUUGCUGGGCCUGGUGGAGAAAUAACUGCAGGUUACCUUUUGAAGAAGAGUGCAAAAAACAAUGAAUGGAGCAAAAGGUGGUUUGUCCUAAACGAGAAGAGUGGAAAGCUUGGAUACACCAAGAAACAAGAGGAGAGACAUUUUCGAGGCGUCAUUGUCCUAGAGGAAUGUAACCUGGAAGAGAUAGAGGAGGAAGAGCUUUCUAAGAGUUCUAAGGAUUCAAAGAAGGCCAAUGGGUCGGAGAAAGGCCCGAGUCUUGUAUUUAAGAUUACUAACAGGGUUGCCUACAAAACUGUGCUAAAAGCUCAUAGUGCCGUUAUAUUGAAGGCUGAGAAUAUGGCUGACAAGAUUGAGUGGAUGAAGAAGAUAAGAGGUAUUAUUCAGAGCAAAGGUGGGUCUGUCAAGGGUCCAAAUGCUCCCGAGGGUGGUUCCAUGAGACAAAGCCAUUCAGAUGGGUCCCUUGAUACGAUGGCCCGGAGGCCUGCUGACCCUGAAGAAGAACUCCGAUGGAUGUCUCAAGAAGUUCGUGGUUAUGUUGAGGCUGUUUUGAACAGUUUGGCAGCAAAUGUUCCUAAGGCUAUUGUGCUUUGCCAAGUGGAGAAAGCAAAGGAAGAUAUGCUAAACCAGCUGUACAGCUCAAUAAGUUCGCAAAGCAAUGCAAAGAUUGAAGAACUUCUCCAAGAGGACCACAAUGCUAAACGUAGACGAGAAAAGGCCCAAAAGCAGUCAUCACUUUUGUCAAAGCUGACUCGUCAGCUCAGCAUCCAUGAUAACAGAGCUGCUGUUGCAUCAUAUUCCAGCGAUAAUUCUGGAACUGAGAGUAGCCCACAGAGCCCUAGUCAUGCAGGUGAGGACUGGAGGUCUGCCUUUGAUUCAGCAGCAAACGGCUCUGCUGACCGAUCAAGUUCACACAAUGAGUCAAGAUCAAGAAGUGCUGACAGUCGCAGUCGGCGCUAUGAGAAUGGGGAUGCAAAUGGUGCUAAUUCUGGCAGCCGCCGCACACCAAAUCGGUUGCCACCGGCACCACCUGGGCAGAGAUAACAAGAAUGGUAAAUAUAUGUCGGCCGUCAUCUGUCAACAUCAUAUUUUCGUGGCAGGCUCUCAUUCCCGACUGAUAUUGGUCGAAGAAAACACAUGGGAUUGAAGAAUGGAGAGUUGGCAAGAGGUUGCGUGAAUGAUGUGUAUCCAGAGAACCUCAGUUGUUUAUAGAAAUAUGUAGGUUAUGGUGGUUAUUUCACGAUCAUUUUGCCACAUUGAUCUGUCUGAUGUUCUCUCGGCCUGUGAGAUUUUGUGGCCACAGAUCAGUUGAUCUUGGUUUUGUACUAUGUUGUAACUUGUCCAUCAUACUGGCAUGUAUUUUUAUUACACAGUGGUGUAUUAUUUCUUCCAUUCUUUUUUACCUCACCAGAGUUGUAUUCGAUAUUUGAGGCAAUAUAUGUUCAAACUAUGCAACUCUUUGAUCU